ACUGUGUCUGUCAGCUGUAAUGCCAGGUUGAUUGAUUUGUCAGAGAAAGAGAGAUACAGAUCAUUGGCUGCCAGCUGAGCUUCAGAAAACAGAAAAACAGGAGGAGAGGACAGAUUUUGUAAUUAUAGACUGACUCUAGUGGCAGUGUAUCUACAAAUGUUUCAGCUUCAGAGCUUGUGUGUUCUCAACAUGGACAGUUUCCCUUACUUGGCUGUGUCGCUACUUUGACAACCAACACACCAUUAAUCCAGUUUCUGUCUGUUCUGGCAGGAUCUGCAUUCAACAUAACAAGGCUCCUUGGAGAUAGAGGAAUGCUAAUCUGCAAUCAUGAUGGAAGGAUUGAAAAAACGCACCAGGAAGGCCUUCGGGAUACGAAAGAAAGAGAAGGACACUGACUCAACGGGGUCACCAGACAGAGAUGGUGGAGAACUUCAAGAGACUGAAUCGCCACAGAAAAAGUCCAAUGGGGCUCCAAAUGGCUUCUAUGGGGAGAUUGAUUGGGAGAGAUAUAAUUCUCCUGAGGUAGAUGAAGAAGGAUAUAGCAUAAGACCAGAUGAAGAAGAGGGCGCAGCCCAAAAAGAGAAGACUCGCUUUUUUUCCUCUAGUGAGUCUGAAGAAGAGGAGGACCACCGAAAAAAGUUUAAGAUCAAGAUCAAACCCCUGCCGGCAGACGCUAGCAUUGCAGCGCCCUCGGUAGAUGAAUUAAAAGCCUCCGUAGGCAACAUAGCUUUGUCUCCCUCGCCUCUGAGACGUAGCCCGGGUCUGGCAAAGAGAAAUACACCUGGUGAAGAAAUUGCACGGCCGAGACGUGCUAUUCCCACGCCAGUACCAGCUCCCUCCCCUUCCCCGACACCUGCACCUGCACUCACUCCUGAGCCCACUAGUAAUAAGAAAUCUCCCGUGCCAGAGGAUGAAACAGCCUUAUUUGGUCCUCCGCUAGAGACAGCUUUUGAUGAGCAGAAGACCAGUGAAGAAUAUGUGGUGAUAGAGGAACCUGAGGUUUGGGGUGCACCCCUGCCUGAGCAACACCUAGACUCCUCUCUGGCAAGACCUUUUCCUACAGGAACGUUGCCUCCGCUUCCACCUAAGAAUGUGCUGAGCUCCCCCACUUCAAGUGAAUCUCCUGCUACAGAACCUACCGACGUGCAGAAUGAAGAUGAGGGUUCAAGGCAGGCCUCACAGAGGCCUUCCUUAGCUGAUCUGGACAACAUCUUCGGCCCAGCAGACUCUCCAAUACCUGGUCAGGAUGCUGAAGACAAGUGGGUCUGCUUCAGUGAUGAGUCGCCUGAAAGACCUCCGCUUUCAGAGGACAAGACUCCACUUCCAUUCCCCUCAUCUCCAUCUCCCUCAGCAGAACCAGCACCUCGAUUGCCUAAAUCCCCACCACCACAAGAGGAGCCUAGCCUUCCUUUACCAAAAUCUCCACCUCCUCCAGCAGAACCUGCACCUUCUCCUCCAACCAGUGAACUGCCAAGAGAUAGUCCUCCACCUCCGUCGACAGCCCCUCCCCAUCCCAAAGACACCAUUCCUUCUCCCCCAGCUGUCCCGCCUUGUCCAGUUGAAGAGGCCCUGUCCCCACCAACACCAGAUGAUCAUUCACACCUUACUACAGACUUGUCGCCAUGUGCUCCUCCGAUGGAUACACGAUCAUACUCAACCAGCCCACCAACUACUCUAGAGGCAAGUGCACGCACAAUCCCUCCACCCCUGCUUCUGAACCAGGAGGAGAAGAAGAGCCCUGAGGAGAUCCCAUCAAAAGAGGACCCGAGUGAGAGCAGCACUUCACCCAAAGAGAUAGGUCAAGGACCACGUUCGACACCACCUCCUCCUCCUCCUCCCACAUACAGGGCAGUAGUGUCAUCCCCAGGGCCCAUCCCUCCAACUGGUACAGGUGGAAAUGAAAGUGGCUUCUCCUCCCCUGCUCGUUCAUCUACGCCAUUGGCCACCAGCAGUUCUCCCCCUCCCCCACCCCCACCUCGGCCACCCUCACGACCUAAACUGCCUCCUGGGAAACCCAGUGUAGGGGAUUUGAAUCGGCCGUUCAGCCCCCCUGUACAUUCAUCAAGCCCCCCGCCUUUGGCUCCACUGGCCCGGGCGGAGAGCACCUCUUCUAUCUCCUCCACCAACUCUCUGAGCGCUGCCACCACUCCCACCGUCGGUAAAGAGCUCGCAGUGUCUGUGUCAGAAGAUGACGCUUUUGUAGACAAACUACCCAGCUUUGAGAGACGGCCAGACAUGCUGGCAGAGACAGACCAGCCCUCCCUCGUAUGGUUUGACAGAGGCAAGUUUUAUUUAACCUUUGAAGGCUGUUCUCGAGGGCCCAGUCCACUCACCAUGGGGGCCCAGGACACACUGCCUGUGGCUGCAGCUUUCACAGAGACAGUUAGUGCCUACUUCAAAGGAGCUGACCCUAACAAGUGUGUGGUGAAGAUCACUGGAGAGAUGGUGUUGUCCUUCCCAGCAGGGAUCACAAGGCAUUUUGCAAAUAACCCCUCGCCUGCUGUGCUAACCUUCAGCAUAACCAACUACAGUCGCCUGGAACACGUUCUGCCUAACCCCCAGUUACUGUGCUGUGACACCACACAGUCCAAUCCGAACUCAAAGGAUUUUUGGGUGAAUAUGCCAAACCUGAUGACCCAUUUAAAGAAGGUGGCAGAUCAGAAACCACAGGCAACAUACUACAAUGUAGACAUGCUGAAAUAUCAGGUGUUACCGAAGGGUCCACAGUCCACUCCUCUAAAUCUGGCCAUGAGCUGGAGGUGUGAGCCAACCAGUACCGAUCUUAGGAUAGACUACAAAUACAAUGGUGGGGCCAUGACCACUCCCGUUGCCCUCAACAAUGUUCAGUUCCUAAUCCCAGUGGAUGGAGGGGUCAACAAAUUGCAGGCUGUGCUUCCCCCAGCUGCCUGGAAUGCAGAGCAGCAGAGAAUCUUAUGGAAGAUUCCGGAUAUUUCACAGAAGUCUGAGAAUGGAGGAGUGGGAUCACUGCUGGCCCGUUUCCAGCUGUCAGAGGGUCCCAGUAAGCCCGCCCCAGUGGCAGUGCAGUUCACUAGUGAGGGCAGCACUCUGUCAGGCUGUGACAUUGAGCUGGUCGGCCUUGGAUAUCGUUUCUCCCUCAUCAAGAAGAGAUUUGCAGCAGGAAAAUACAUGGCAGAUAUCUAAACAACAUCUCUGAUCCAUACAAGUCUGUGUAUUUUGGACCAAUUAUGAAUAUUUAAAACACAGGACAGAUCGAGAGCCUGACCCCUACCUGACCUUUUGGAUAAACCGUUGUAGAAGUACAAUGCAGGUGGACCUCACACACUCCAGCAGUAUUACACGAGUUGCAUUAUAAAAAUUUGGACCGUUUUAGGGUGUACUACUUAUAUUUUUGAACUGUAUUUACUUAACAACAUCUGUAUUACAGCAGUGGGUUUGUUCUUAAGGUUUAGCCUCUAUUUCUGUCCAGUGUGUUGUUGGCUGUGCCUACCUGAACCUGAAUAUCUCUGUAUCCCUCUCUAAAAGGAAUACUAAAAAUGUAAUGUUUUUAUUACUCUAUGCAUUCAGUUUGUCAGAGGUAUCAAGCUUUCAGAAAAGGUAGUAAAUUAUCUAAAGUUCUUAGUAUGGUACUGACUCUAAAACAUACUGUAAAAGGAAUGAGCCUCUCUGCCAAUAGAUGGCGCUAUAUCGUUGCAUGUAGUAUGAGGUCCGUACAGGAUUUGGUAUUGCUAAAGCUUAAUUAGUCUUGAAAAGGUAUUCAGGAAUAUCUCAUUUUAAUUUACUCGAUACAGUCAGGAUAAAGUCAUUAAUUGGAAAUCAGAAGAAAUCACAUAUAUAUGUAAUUAUUUGGGGGGGGGGGGGUUCAGAAUUUUUAGACAGUCACAGCUUUAAAAAUAUCCUGCUUGCAAUAGACACACACACACACACACACAAAAACAAUGUUCCUCAAAAAAAAAAAAAAAUUAUAAUGUAUAUCUUGAAGGCCGUUUGGUGUUUUCUUGUAUUGUUAAAUAGCCUUUUUGUUGUUCCCGUGGGAACAGUGUUAGACAUCAGAGUACAUGACAUAAUUCUAUUUUUAUUUAUUCAUGGUAAACUGUAUAUGAAUAGACUUUGAAUGGAAUCACAAUUUAAGAUCCUUAAAGUUAAACAUUUGGACUUUUUGUUAUCUGUGUAGUUGGGUAAACUGUGUACAGUAUGAUGCUAAGGUAUACUUUUUAAAUUUAUUUCAGAUAUGAUUUUUUUUACUCAAGUGCAACAGAAGAUUUACGCUAUAUAUGGGACGGGGGUCAUGUUUAAAGGGGCGGACAAAAACAGGAUACUGUAUCUACCUAGUUGCGUCAUGCUUAAUGUUAUUACAGUGUUACGUAUAGCAGCACUAUUAGUUGAAAGCUUUUGGACAUUGUAAAUUCUUUUAUAAUUCACGCAAACGUGUUUGUGUCCAGCCUCUCUUCCCACAGCACAUAUUAUUCAGUGUCCUGAGCAUGAGCCCCUAUCCGAACCACCUCUGCGCUUGAGAACUACUUUAUUUUGCAAAUGGUAACGGUCUCUGUGAGAUGACAAGGUUCUUGAGUGGUUAAAUGACCAAAUCGUGUUUUUUUUUUUGUUUUGUUUUUUCGUUUGUAUGUGAAUCUCCAAAAUUGUCCUUUAAGAGAAAAUAAUCUGCAUAUUUUUAAAAUGUUUAAACCUAUGAAUAAAGUGAAAAUAAAUAUUGUUUCUUGUGGGGAAAAAAAAAUGAAAAGAAAAAAAAAAACACUGUGUUAACUAUUUAACUUUCUAGAUGCUCUGAUGUUCAAUGUUAAGAACAAACAUCUUGGUUGUAUGGAUCUUUUAGCGUCUGAUGUAGACGUUGUGACGGUUUGAAGAGAAUACUGGUGCUUUGUGACCCAUAGGUUUGUUUCCAUCUACAUUUAAAUUUUAGGACAAAUGGUGUGUUGUCCAUUAAAGGGAUAGUUCAUACAAAAAUACAAACCGUGUCAUUAUUUACCCUCAUCUUGUUUCAAACCACUAUGACUUUCUUUCUUCCAUGGAAGACAAUAAGUAAACGCUAGACAGAAUGUUAGGGACUGACAGCCACAGAAAAAAGAUGCAAAGAAAAUGAAUGGUGACUGAGGCUGUCAGCCUUUAACAUUGUGCCUAACAACUCAAUUUUGUGUUCCACAGAAGAAAGUAAGUCACAGUGGUUUGGAACAAGAUGAGGGUGAGUAAAUGAUGACAUGAUGAGUUUUCAUUUUGUGUGAACUAUCCCUUUAACACUGCGUUGCAUAAUUUCUGAUCACUGUAACUAACAGGUUUUUAUUGCACGGAGUUAAAUGGUAGAACAAAUUGGAGCCUAAAACCUUUGAAUUAAAUUCUGUGUAGUGCUUAAUCAGUAUGUCUACAUGGUCCAAAGUGAAAUGUCAUUCAGAUGCACAAAAGAGGUGAGAAAACUCAUGUCUUUUAGUCUAGAUAGUCUAAGUAAAACUGUGUGAAUGUUGAAUUGUGUGUGACAUUGUAGGAGAGUUUGAGUGUGUGUGUGCGUGUGCGUGCGCUGUCUGGUUACUAUAGACAUAUCACCAUAUAUUUCUAGCAACAUGCAAGCUGUGUUUGUACAAACAAUGUCAACAAAGUCAGCACUGAGAUUAUGUUGCUCUUUCCAAAACAAUAAAAAUAUAAGCCUGAUA